AUGGAGGAAUCAUCCCGGCCCCCACUUGGAGAGAUAAGGAUUAUCGUUGGAGGAAACCCGAUGGGGCAAUCUUCCAAGUCGAAGAAGACGUAUCUCAAAGCGGUACAAAAUGUCCAGCUCUUUGGACGAACACCAAGGACGAGAUCAAUGGACGAGCCAACCAUUUCCUUCACCGAUGAAGAUGCUGAGAGGAUCCAUCACCCGCAUGACGAUGCGAUCGUCAUUACACUGCUCAUUGCAGAUUAUACAACCAGAAGAGUGUUAGUUGACAAUGAAAGUUCAGCAAACAUAUUGUACUACCCCGUCUUCCAACAGAUGAGGCUUGGACGAGAUCAACUUCGUCCAGUAUGCUCGCCGCUGAUAGGAUUUGGAGGAAUGAAGGUGCAGCCCGUGGGUACCAUUACAUUACCAGUUGUGGUAGGGUCAUACCCGCAACAGAUAACCAAGGAAGUCAAUUUCCUCGUGGUAGACUGUACUUCUUCAUACAAUGCCAUCAUUGGAAGACCCACUCUUAAUAGUUGGAAGGCGAUAACCUCGACCUACCAUCUAUCAGUCAAAUUCGCUACGGAGUACGGGAUAGGACAAGCACAAGGAGAUCAGUUGGCAGCUAGAGAAUGCUACUUAGCCAUGAUGGCUUUGGACGAACAGGUGCAGACAAUGAGCAUCGAGGAAAGAAGAGUUAUUGCAGAGCCCACGGAAGUGUUGGAAGAUGUUCUUUUGCAAGAAGAUGAUCCUGAGAAAUUUACCAGAAUUGGGACAGGUAUGAAGGAGAAGGCAAGAGAAGACCUCAUCCAGUUCCUGAGAAAAAGUAUCGACGUUUUUGCAUGGAGUCAUGACGACAUGCCAGGAAUUGACCCAAGUGUGAUCACUCAUCGAUUGAAUGUAUACCCCUUUUUUAAGCCUAUCCGUCAGAAGAAGAGGGUAUUCGCUCCCGAGAGGGACAAGGCAAUCAAGGAAGAGGUUCAAAAACUGACCACGGCAAAGUUCAUUAAGGAAGUCUAUUACCCGGAUUGGUUAGCCAAUGUGGUGAUGAUCAAGAUGGAUGAAGCCAAUCAAGAAAAAACUUCCUUCAUUACCAGCCAAGGCUUGUUUUGCUACAAAGUGAUGCCCUUCGGCUUGAAGAACGCAGGGGCAACUUAUCAAAGGUUAGUGAAUCAUAUGUUUCGUCCACAAAUAGGACGGAAUGUGGAGGUUUAUGUCGACGACAUGCUUGUGAAGAGUAUAGACGAGGGAAGCCAUCUAGACGACCUACAGGAAACCUUUGAAACACUUUGGCGAUAUAAGAUGAAGUUGAACCCAAGCAAGUGUGCAUUCGGAGUAUCGUCGGGAAAGUUUCUGGGGUUCAUGGUCUCGCAAAGAGGAAUUGAGGCAAAUCCGGACAAAAUCCAGGCUAUAUUGAACAUGGAGCCACCGAAGAAUAUUAAGGAAGUCCAAUCCCUCACAGGACGAGUUGCCGCUUUGAACAGGUUUGUUUCGAAAGCCACAGAUAAGUGUUUACCUUUCUUUAAAGUCCUCAGGAAGGCAUUUGAGUGGACGGACGAAUGCCAAAGGGCCUUCCAAGACCUGAAGGACUAUCUCACAACUGCCCCAUUAUUAAGUCCAUCCGUACAAGGAGAAGAACUGUACUUAUACUUAGCGGUGUCCCCACACGCUGUAAGUUCAGCUUUAAUCAGAGAAGAGGGGAAAAUACAAAAACCGGUGUACUACACUAGCCGGGCACUCAGAGGAGCAGAGGGAAGAUAUCCGCUCAUGGAGAAAUUGGCUUUUGCACUGAUAACGGCUUCUAGGAAGUUGAGACAUUACUUCCAAGUUCAUGUCAUCAAUGUCAUGACGGACCAUCCGCUUAAGAAGACAAUGAACAAGCUGGAAGCCGCAGGACGACUGAUUCAGUGGACAGUUGAACUUAGCGAAUUCGACAUUCGGUACCAACCGAGAAAUGCAAUAAAGGCUCAAGCCCUAGCAGAUUUCAUCGCAGAGUUCACUCCAAGUUACGAAGACCUGGGGGAAGGAGAGUACAACAAAUGGGUCGUCCAUGUAGAUGGAUCAUCUACAUUAUAUGCUGGAGGAAUAGGAGUUGUUUUGCAGUCGCCGGAAGGGGACAAAUUGAAAUACAAGGCCCGUCUGCAAUACCAGACUACUAACAAUGAAGUGGAGUAUGAAGCCCUUUUGAAGGGGUUGGAACUGGCCAAAUCUGUAGAAGCAGACUCAAUACUUGUCAUGGGAGACUCUCAACUGGUCAUAGGCCAAGUCAAUGGAACAUGUGAAGCCAAGGAAGACAGAAUGAAGAAAUACCUAAGGAAGAUAGAGAGAGAAGGAAAUUGGAUGACCCCAAUAGUGUCCUACUUAAAGGACGGAAGGCUUCCAGAAGAGAAGGACGAAGCUAGGAAGCUCAAGAUCAAGUCAGCCAGGUUCACGAAGGAGCAUGCGGGAACCAUUCGGGAGUCAGAUCACUCGUCCAUAAAGUCAUCCGUAGCGGAUUCUAUUGGCCAACCAUCCAAGCUGAUGCUAAAGCAUAUGUCAAAGUAUGUGAUCAAUGUCAACGCUUCAGCAACAUUCCCAAACAACCAGCAGAAUAUCUCACGCCAAUGA